AUGCAUUUCACCACCGCAGCUGGCUUGAUCGUCGCGGCCAUGACGCCCUUUACCUCCGCGGCCUCCUGCAAAAAUUUCGGCAACAGGGCCAUCCCUAUCUGGCAAGUGCGGGCCACCGGCGUCGUCGACAUCCCCGGAAAGUGUGGCGGCCUGUGGGACAACCUGAACGGCUAUGGCGCCUGUGGCAAGAGCGCCACCAGUUGCGGCGAAGUUAACGGGGAGAUGGUUUGGCAAUUCACUGGCAGCUCCGGCUGCACCGCCGGUGUUGUGAACACGGUCUGGUACAGCGCAACCAAGAACCAAUGGGGCUCCAUCAGCUGCCAGAUUUAA